UGACCGUAUUAGCAAAAGAUGCGAAUUAAGUUCUGAUCUUCAAAUAGAAGAUGCAAUCAAUAUACAUCAGAAUAAAGUGUGGCAUAAAAAAAUUAUGAAUCUGUACUUACCAAUUAUAAUAGAAGAUGUUGAAAUUACCUGGCGCACUUUUAAUCAAAUUGUUGACGAAAAAGAAUAUAGUAUAAAUGUUCUUUUGGCUACAUUUAAAAAUGCCAAAGAUCAAAGACAAAGAGGAAAUAUUAUGCAUUUUACCCAAAUUGUUCAUUUGUUAAAUAUACAAAAAAAACAAUUGCAAAAGAAUCAAAUAUACUAUGAAACUAGUAUUCAAUAUGUAUUUAAUUUGGUUUAUGACCAAAUAGACGUAAUCCAACAAGAACAAAAGCAAAAAGAAAAAUUUCUAAAGAUUGCAAUUUUUAUAAAAUAUCAAGGAAUGAAAGAAUCAAUAGAGAGUAUCAAGAUUAAAAAUUUAUCUAAAGUGAAUACUCAAAAGGAAGAAAAUGAAAAUUUACAUAAAUUAACAGAAAUUAUUUUGAGACGAUAUUCACAUAAGUUUUUAGAGAGAUUGAGAAAAAUUUUAAACAACCAUGAACUGAUUACUUAG